GCGAGUGUGUGGGGGUGUGUGGCAGCUGCGAACGGGGACGCAUCGUGCGUGCCGGUUCAUCGCAGUGACCUCCCUCGGGCCGAGCCCGGUGACCGGUGUGACCUCCUCAGAAGGAGCUAGUGACUGGUGCAGGACACUGCCGGGCAGCCGCGGUUUGAGUGGUCGCGAAGUGUUCACAGGAGCUGCUCAGGAAUCUCCGGCAGCUUUCUUCACUCUGGUCGCUGGGUGGACAUGUGAAGCGGAUGAUGGCCCGCCUGCUGCACAGUCCACUGCUGGUCAUCGUCUUCUGUGCAGUGACGUCACACCAGUUCGACAUCAGGGAGUGUGAUGCGGCGCUCGGAAUGCAAUCCGGCGAAAUUCCGGACUCGGCCAUCACCGUGACGUCAUCACACGACCCGGCCCGCGUCGGCGCCAAGCAAGCCCGACUGAACGUGGAGCUGGACGGCGGCGCGUGGUGUCCGGAGCGACACAUCACCAAGGGCACCCGCGAGUACCUGGAGGUGAACCUCGCCUGGCCGCGGGUCAUCAGCGCCGUCAGCCUGCAGGGUCGCUUCGGCAACGGCCAAGGCAGAGAAUUUGCCGACCAGUUCACGCUCGAGUACUGGCGGCCCGGCCUGACCGCCUGGAAGCCGUACAAGGCCUGGAAUGGUUCACAGGUGCUGGCCGGCAAUGAGAACAACUACCUGGCCGUGAAGAGGCACCUGGUGCCGCCGAUUUUCGCCACCAAAGUGCGUGUGCUGCCCUACAGUAUCUACGCGCGCACCGUCUGCAUUCGGGCAGAGAUCCACGGCUGCAACAAAACAGACGGCCUGGUGUCGUACUCGGCACCGCAGGGUCAGAGCCGUUGGCCCGGCGUCGAGCUGAAGGACCAGACGUACGACGGACUGCACAGCCAGGGUCAGCUGUACGGCGGUACCGGACAGCUCAACGACGGGACCUACGGCACCGACAACUUCCGACAGAACCUGGGACACGGCAGGGGAUUCGAGUGGGUCGGAUGGCGGAACACUUCAACGGACGGCUCACUGGAGAUGACGUUCGAGUUCAGCGAAGUCAGAAAUUUCUCCGAAGUGAUCAUACAUACAAAUAACAACAGACGAGAAGAAAUUGAGGUGUUCUCCCAGGCUAUCGUGACCGGCUCUAUCGGAGGUCGCUACUACAACACCGAGCCCGUGCUCCACUACACACUGGGUGGAGGGCUGGAUGGCGCGCGCAACGUGUCCGUCAAACUGCCUCCGAUGGCGGUCCGCUUCCUUAAAGUGGAGCUGCUGUUUGCAGCGCAGUGGAUCCUGGUCAGCGAGGUCUCAUUCAUCUCAGAACCUGCCAUCGGCAACUUUUCCGACGAGACUGGACCAGUGCUGCUGAACAAUGGAGCUGCAGGUCACAGUGCAGGAGCGGGCAGCGGCAUAG